UUGCUGCACGGAUAGGUCUGUUGUAAGGUCGUCACGUCAGUAUUGUUGUUUACGUUAGUUAGUUAGUCAGUAACUUAAAUGUGUCAAAAUGCACAAUUCUAAUCUUUGUUACGUUACUUACGAUGUGGGUAGUUCGCAAUCACUAGUUAAUUAUUAAUUACCAGGUACUUUGAGAAGGGUGAAGAAAAAUUAACAGGAGGAUGACAUUCUUUCAGCAGUUGGUGACUCAUACAGUGCAGUAUGGAGGGCCAAGGAGACUCAUUACCGGGUUGUUGCAGCAAGAUAGAUCAGUCCCAGUUGUGUGCUUGUCAACCUCAUGUUUCUGGAACACCCGGAAUAAGAACCUGUAUGGGUGUGUCGACCAGGAGAAAUACUCCUCUUUGGUGCGUUCGGUAGUGUCAUCAAAAGUCAGCUCACAGACUCCAACGAGCUUAGCUGAAGAGGACAGGAAGUUAUAUGGACCAGUUAUCAGAUCCAAGCCUGUAGCAGAGGGCUCUGUGCCAAGAGCCCCCAAAAAUGCAGCUCCUUUGCUAAACCCUGGCAAGGUAUUGGACCAGACCCAGGAAGCUGCACUGAAAGCGCCGCUCCGGUUUGCUUUGCAGAGAGGCCAGGGAAGAUCGUACAUCCCCAGCGUGACCCGCAUUCUGCAGCAGACCAUGCCUCUGGAGCAGGCCUUUUAUUUGGAGAGGUGGAGAAAGAAAAUGAUCGCAGAGCUCGGGGAAGAGGGUUUUAGUCAAUAUACUGCAAACCUUUUUAAACAAGGAAACGUCUUCCAUGUGGCUUUGGAGGCUAUUUUGAAGUCAGCGGAGGUUGCUGAACAGGAGGAGGGAGGCGUGGACGUGUGUGGGUAUAUACAGAGCGUGCAGCAUGUCUUGGCAGACGUCGGAGGUGUGCGGGCAAUCGAAAGCGCAGUCAAGCACCAGUCUCUGAGCUACGUUGGCCUUGUGGACUGUGUAGCUGAGUAUCGUGGAAAGUUAUGUAUUAUUGACUGGAAGACCUCUGAAAAGCCAAAGCCCUUGUUGAGGAACACUUUCGAUAACCCUCUGCAAGUUGCAGCAUAUAUUGGUGCCAUGAACAGCGAUGACAACUAUGGGUUUCUGGUGGAAAAUGGGCUGAUCGUGGUUGCCUACAAAGACGGUUCUCCAGCACACCCACAUUUCAUGGACCCGGACCUCUGCCUCGAGUAUUGGAAUAAGUGGCUGUUUCGACUAGAGGAGUACAUGGAUAGAAAGGGGAGGAAAGAUAACGCUGGCUAAUUGAGAGAGGCGCUUAGCUACAAAAUAAGUGUUGGGUCUUUUCUUAAACAAAAGUCUUCCAUCUGUAUUCUUUUGAUUUAUGAUGUGUGACAUCUGUGUUGCAGAUUAUUGUUUUUGUGUUGUAAUAAGUUAAAAAAAGAAACUUUUUUAUAUUUCAUUGAAUAAAAAACAUCUUUGUUUUGCUCUUUCUUUUUUUCCCCUCAAAUGGUUAUAAAGUUGUCA